AUGGUGAGCCUGCAUGAUAUCCGCGAGCAUGUGGCAUCCCUGUUCAUCAUGCUGAACAAGAAGACAGUCAUCUUGUUCCGCAUCGAGUUCCUGGUGGUUCUCGUCACACUGGUGUUCUUUGCCAUGUUCCUCAUGGACUUCUACCGCCGCAUCAUCCACAACUCGUUCAUGAGGGCCGUGUUCAGCGUCUUCGACGCUGUCUCCGACUCCAUCGUCGUGUACCUCCUGGGGGCCAUGCAGACGGCGCCUUUCAAGAACCAGCUGUUCCCGGUCUGGGCACUUGUGCUCGUCAACUUCCGCUACAGCGCAGACUACAUCUCGGGCUACGGUGUCCCCGACCGCCGCGGGCGAAGGUUCACCGAAUGGAGGAACGUGUUCAAGCUCCUGGGAUCCGCGUUCCUGAAUUGGACGCGCAGGUCCAGCUUCUCGGGUCCGCUGUGGCUGGUCUGGAGUCUGCAGAUAGUGAGGAGCGGCUACAGAUUUCAUUCCCAUAAACUGGCGUCCCGCGCCGUCUGGCAUGGCGGGAGCUCGGAGCUUGUUGCAGAGCACAUGCGUGCCAUGCGUGAGCGUGGUGACCAAGUGAGCAGCAGCAGCCGAGGAGAAUUAUUCAACCCAGUGACGAUGGAAGGCUACAGGUACUUGGUGUACGGAGAAACAAAGCAGAAGAAAGGAGGAUUCAGACUGAAGAAGCCUCAGUAUGCAUUGUCUACCGACCAGGAUCAGCAGGAUGCUACCAAGAAGAAUAAGAAGACGUCUCCGCCGCCAUUGAUCACGCUGGACACGAUCAGCAGGCUGCUGCGGUGCAGGUUCGAGGAUGUCAAACUGCAACGGUGUAUAUUUGACACAAACCGGGAUCUGGUGAAGAGCAUCAUUGCUGGGAAGGUGGGUGCCAGCGAUGCCCUCAGGAUCAUGGAGCUGCAGCUCGCCUUCGUCCAUGACUACUUCAACACCCGCUACCCCAUGAUCUUCUGGUGUGGCCUCCCAUCCCUCUUCAUCAGCCUGGUUCUGUCCGUUCUGACCAUGGGUGCUGUCGUCUGGCUUGCUGUGGACAUCCGUAAGGUCUUUAAGCCCCCCAGUGGCGAGCUCGCCAACCUGGUGAAGGGUUUCAAUGUUGACACGAUCAUCACAUGGUUAUUCAUUGGCUUGAUGAUUGUCAAGGAGAUAUGGGAGAUGCACACCUACUUACGUUCAGACUGGACAAGCUUAAUCAAGGCGUGCGAGCAUGUGCAGCGCAAGUCCAAGACCGAGAGGACCAAACAAUCAAGAGACGAUACAUGGAUGAGGUGGCAUGGACUCAUUGACCAGUAUGUCUUCGUGGAGUCCUAUGAUGACCGGCCAAGGUUUUGGAACCUCAUCCACAACCUGACCACGGGCAUUGUUCCAAAGAAGGAGGAUGGCGCAAAGCUCGGCAGCGCCGUCCAAGUCCCGGACUGUGUCAGGCAGAAAGUCCUGGAGAAGCUCAGCGAGCUGACCGAGGAUAAUGGAGAUGGACGGGCAGGUCGUCGUGGCCAGCUGCUGCCCGGGUUCAUCAAGACGUUGUCCGACACCAGCGUUAGCAUGGAGUUGCAGAGGUACCAGGCGUACACUGCACGACCGAGCAGUGCAACCACUGGCGGCGGUGGCGGCGUCGUUCUGCCGACAGCCUCCCAUAUCAUUCUUGUGUGGCACAUCGCGACCAGCCUCUGCGAGAUGGAGCUGGCAACGACGCACGGCGUCGACCUGGGCAGCCCUGGGUUCCCGUGCUCCCUCCUGUCUUGGCUCUCUUCUCUCUGCUCGUCCAAACCGUAUCUUAUGGACGUGUAUGAUAAGAAAGGCUGCUGCAGCAGCAGCAGCUUGUCAUGGUUCACGAUCUCAAAUUGUUGCUGCUCAUCGUCCAAAUCAAGUGAUGGCAAGACGGAGGAGAAGAAGCAGCAAGUGAAUGGGAAGUUGCCUGCAGGCAACCUCCGGAGAGCAUACAUCAUUGCCAAUAGCUUGUCGCGGUACUGCACGUACCUGCUAGUAUCAAAGCCGGACCUGAUCCCUGAUAGCUUCCUUGUCCCCAAGAUAGUCUUCCAGAAAGCCGUGAGGAGUGCUCGUGAUGGCAUUUUCAAAGGCACUGGUUCAUUACAGGAAAGGCACAAGGCACUCAAGGCACUCAUGGACGAAGCAGGGGAGUUCAUAAACCACGUCUGGGCAUUGCUCUGGCACUGUGGCAUCCAAGAGAGCAGCUUGUGGCCAAAGGAUACUAGCCCUGAAAACAAUGAGCCACAGCCACAGGUGGGGAACGGUGGCGGUGAUGGGGCUGCUGCUGGGAUGAUCGAGAAAAGGCGAACUGGAGGAGAUGCUAUGAGGGAGAGAGACCACAUUGGGAUCACCAUUGAUGAAGCACAUGACAACAAGGACAAGGGGAAGGGAGCCAAAGAUCUUGAGGCAGGCGACUCAAGUACUACAAGUACAGGACUACUGAAAAUGGAGGGAACUGAAAGCUCGGAAAUUGAGGAGGUCUAUGGGGAUGCGACCACAAAUGUUCAGAGAGGCAUGGCUAGGCAAACCCAAAACUAG